GUUAGGAGUUAGAAUCCAUGAAGAUCAGUUGGAUUGCUGUGCAUGAGUGAAUGACAAUUAUAAGAGGGCGCAGUAACAUGACGAAAAGCAUAAGUGACCUAUUCCUACAGUAUUUUUGCCUAAUUUUACUUCCGUUCUACGCGCGGGGGGACUAUGAGCGCACCUGCAGACGAGGAGAAGAACGGCCGCGGACGGGCGUGUGUGGCCGAGAGCUGUCGAACACCCUUGAUAUUAUAUGCGAUGGUAACUUCAACACGUAUGGGAAGAGAAAUAGUGGUCAAGGUAUCGCUAGAAUUCCGCAACACGUUAAAGACGAUCUCAAGAGUGAUUUUAAAGACAAGAUUUUAUCUAAACAAGGUGCUUUGAACUUCCUGUUAAAGCGAUCUGGUAUCGAGUACCAGGGCCUGACGUGUGAGUGCUGCCAGAACCAGUGUUCAAUGCCUGAACUGAUGUCUUACUGUGCCGAUCCAGACGACUUCUGGUUCUUCAACAAGAAAAAGAGGGCAAUGGAGAGAGCUUUGAAGGACAAGACGAGGAGUACAUUAAAGCUGGACACCCAUAAUUUGCCUAUUAACACUCUAGGAAGUUCUGAACACAACAACUAUCUAGGACGUUCUGACCAAUAAUAAAUUUAGUAUUAUAUUGUAGGCUUUUUUACAAAUCAGAUGCCUUAUUCACUGGAUACUUAGAUUUUACAAUUAACACAGGAUUGGAUGAUAAGUUAAAAUAGGCUUCAUUGAUAAUUAAGUAUAAAACAAAUGAC